AUGGCUCGGCUCUACCACCUCACCCUCCUCUCCGUCUUCUUUCUGCUCAUCAUCACCGGCCUCGUGGCUGCCGAUCCGUCCGGAGGGAAGGUCGGCAAGAAGGUGACCAUGACCGUCCAGUUCCCGCCUGCGGACUCGCCGCCGGGGGGGAUGAUCACGAUCUCAACGCACUACGUCCGCGAGGAUGGGGUGCACGACAGCCACGUCCAUCUCGACUGCGACCACCACGAGCCCCAGCUCGGUUCGGCCGCAAAAUACCUUGUCAGGAGCCUGGAGAAGAUACGAGAUGAGGAGGCGUCUCCAUCCGAGUCAGUGGAUGGACGUCCUCUUUGA